UGAAUACAAUUACAAAGCGCAUAUAUUUAUAUAUACAUAUAUACAUAAUUCCUUCAUUCUUUUGCUUAUUAUCUCUUUCUAGAUAGCUUGUAUUUUCAAUGAACAAGAUCUUUAGAUUGUGUUACACUUCUAGUAAUUCUACACCAAAGAAAGAAAUUAUGAAUAAAGAAAGUGGUGAUUCCAAUGAUACAACAAUAGAAGAAGUGGAAGAGAAUAACGGCAAUAAUGUUAUGGGGUUGAUGAGAACGAGAGAAACAUUCUACAUAUCACAUGGAUCACCAGAACUUGCCAUAGAUGAGUCAAUCCCUGCAUGGAAGUUCUUGAAGUCAUGGAAGGAGGUUUGUCCCCAAACACCCUCUUCCAUCCUCAUCAUCUCCGGCCACUGGGACACCGAUGUCCCCACGGUCAACAUCGUUGACCGCCACGAAACCAUUUAUGACUUCUAUGGUUUUCCAAGGGCCAUGUACAAGAUCAAGUAUCCAGCACCAGGGGCACCAGAAUUAGCUAAGAGGGUGAAAGAACUACUAACAUCAGCCGGGUUCAGCCGUGUGAAGGAGGACCGGAGGCGGGGGCUUGACCAUGGUGCUUGGGUGCCUCUCUUUUUGAUGUAUCCGGAGGCAGACAUUCCAGUGUGCCAACUCUCUGUCUCAACAGGCAGAGGUGCAACUUACCACUACAACAUGGGGAAGGCAUUGGCAUCUCUCAAGGAUGAAGGUGUUCUUGUCAUUGGUUCUGGGAGUGCCACCCAUAACCUCAGGGCAAUCGCGCCUCGGAAUACCCCUCCUGCUCCCUGGGCUUCAGCAUUCAUGUCCUGGUUGAAAACCUCUCUUCUUGAUGGAAGAUUUGAGGAUGUAAAUGAGUACGAAGAGAAGGCACCAUAUGCAAAAAUGGCUCAUCCAUGGCCGGAUCAUUUCUUCCCAUUGCAUGUGGCAAUGGGGGCUGCUGGUGAAAAAGCAAAGGCCAAGGUUAUCCAUGACAGUUGGGAUGGUGGUUCUAUGUCUUAUGCUUCUUUUAGUUUUACAGCUGCUGAUACCAUUUGAAACAUUCAUAUUUGUUGGAUCUCCUGGAUUUCUAGUCUUAUAAUAGCAAAAAAUAUAUUCUUUGUUACAA